CUGAGAGCUUAUAAUAGAGUCUUUAAUGGGAAGUGAAGAAGCUAAAGAUCCAUUGAAAGGGGUUGAUUGGAAAGCAAUUGGUAGUGAGUUGCAGAAGGACCCCACUGCCAGUAAUAAACCUGUUAUAAAGAAACGACUUCCUAAGAAGAUUAGACAAAUUCCGGACUGUUAUUUCCUUCCUCGAAUGCCCACGCCUUCCACUAUUGCCUUCUAUGGAGCCUACGUUGCGGGUGGAAUCGGUGCUGGGAUGCUGCUGGAAGUCUGGAUAAACAACAAGAUUAAAGGUGUCAGAUCAAGGAUGAGGCUUGCUAGUCUGACAAGGAAUACUGCGCAGCAACAAAGAAUUGGUAUUGCCUUUCAAAGACAGAAGCAGAGAGUGAGGCUUUUGAGUUUGCAAAAAAGUCUGGGCUUGAUGUUGUUACUGUUUGUCGUACUGUCAUAUUGGGGCCACUUCUGCAGUGCACCAUCAAUGCUAGUAGCAAGAGGGAUACUACUCUCUGGAAAACAAAAUUCGAAAGAUAGUUGAUGUGCGCGAUGUAGAUGGGGCACUGCUUCUGGUGUAUGAGAAGCAAGAGGCUGAAGGAAGGUACAUAUGCACAGCUCACACGAUCAAGGCACGUGAUCUUGUUGAUAAGUUGAGAAGUAUGUUUCCUCAAUACAAUUAUCCUAAAAGGUACGUCUCUUGCUGCAGCGGAAUAUGUAGCAUCUUCUAGUCUAACCCUUUAGGAAUUUGUAUGUUACUUCAUCAUCAUUAUUAUACAUGGCUUGGGAUUUUUCAUGUAUGAUUUUCUUCUUUGUGAUCCUCAAUCACUUGUGCAAUGGUAGCUUUAAUGAGGGAGGGGAGGAAGAUACGAUUAGUUCAGAGAAAUUACAAAGGCAGGGGUGGAGUUAUCGGCCAUUGGAAGAAACUCUUGUGGAUUAAUAUAUAAAACAGCCUUUUGGUUGUGAUUUUAAUUUCUGUUCGCUAUGUGCUCUAGUUUCCUCCUGGUCGCAUGAAAGUCCCUACUUGUUGUGUUCAACAGUUUCAAAACAAUAAUGUCAUACAACUUGCAUUUCUUUCAUGCUAAACAUAGCGACUAAACAGAGAGAUGUUUGCAUGUUUAUGAAUAGAACUAUUCUUAUUUUUGAAAGGUUGGGUAAUGUUUUGUGAAUGAACAAAAACCAUAAAAUCCUCACAUUCUAUCAA